UGUCAGAGGUUCCCCUGUUAGCCCAGCUGGGACAGAGCAGAAGUUUAAAUCAGACACCUGGAGCUGCUGGUCUGAGCUGGAGCCAUGAGUCCGCUGGUAUAUUUAGGAGCUCUGCUGCUUUUCUUCCUGCUGUGGAUCAGGGUCAAAGGUCUGGAUUACGUCAUCGUUCACCAGCGCUGGAUAUUCGUCUGUUUGUUCCUGCUGCCGCUCUCUGUUGUCUUUGAUGUUUAUUAUUAUGUGAGAGCGUGGCUCAUUUUUAAGAUGUGCUCAGCACCCAAACUGCACGACCAGCGCGUGCGGGACAUCCAGCGACAGGUACGAGAGUGGAGGAAGGAUGGCGGUGGGACGUACAUGUGCACAGGUCGACCCGGCUGGCUCACGGUGUCCCUCAGAGUUGGAAAAUACAAGAAAACCCACAAAAACAUUAUGAUCAAUAUGAUGGACAUACUGGAGGUGGACACAGAGAGGCAGGUGGUGAGAGUGGAGCCACUGGCAAACAUGGGUCAAGUGACGGCUCUCCUUAACUCCAUCGGCUGGACGCUGCCGGUGCUGCCCGAGCUGGAUGACCUCACCGUGGGUGGGCUGGUGAUGGGCACAGGCAUCGAGUCCUCCUCCCAUAUCUACGGGCUUUUUCAGCACAUAUGUGUGGCAUAUGAACUGGUCCUUGCAGAUGGCAGCUUAGUGCGCUGCACAGAGGAGGAGAACUCUGAUCUGUUCCAUGCCGUCCCCUGGUCCUGUGGCACGCUGGGGUUUCUGGUCGCAGCAGAGAUUAAAAUAGUCCCAGCUAAAGCUUGGGUGAAGCUGCGCUAUGAGCCCGUCAGAGGCCUGGAGAACAUCUGCAAACGUUUCGCCGAGGCAUCACAGAACAAGCAAAACACGUUCGUGGAGGGGAUCCAGUAUAGCCUGGACUCAGCCGUCAUCAUGACAGGAACCAUGACUGACCAUGCAGAGCCAGAUAAGAUUAACAGAAUCGGCCUGCACUUCAAACCCUGGUUCUUCAAACAUGUAGAGAGCUACCUGAAAGGAGAGCGCAGUGGAGUGGAGUUCAUCCCUCUGAGGCAUUACUACCACCGACACACACGGAGUAUCUUCUGGGAGAUCCAGGAUAUUAUCCCAUUUGGCAACAAUCCUGCGUUCCGCUGGCUUUUCGGAUGGAUGGUUCCUCCUAAGAUCUCGCUGCUGAAACUCACCCAGGGAGAAACCAUCAGACGUCUGUAUGAGCAGCACCACGUGGUCCAGGACAUGCUGGUUCCCAUGAAGCAUCUGCAGGCUGCCAUCACACGCUUUCACCAGCAAAUCAAUGUUUACCCUCUGUGGCUGUGCCCGUUCCUGUUACCGGCAGGCAGGGGAAUGGUUCACCCUAAGGGCCAACAGGAGGAGCUGUACGUGGACAUCGGAGCCUACGGGGAGCCAAAGGUCAAACACUUUGAGGCCAGAGCAUCAACGCGUCAGCUGGAGAAGUUUGUCAGAGACGUACACGGGUUCCAGAUGCUGUAUGCAGAUGUGUACAUGGAUCGGGAGGAGUUUUGGGAGAUGUUUGAUGGACAGCUGUACCACAAACUACGAGCUGAGCUGGGCUGUAAGGAAGCUUUUCCUGAGGUUUAUGAUAAAAUCUGUAAAUCUGCCCGUCACUAAAGUCCUCUCCGCUCCGCCAUCUCACGUCCUUUAUCCCAGUUAGACCACGGCGUCGGGCGCCACUAAACCAGCAUGGAGUAAAUGGGCGUUUCUAGCAAAGGAAAACUCUCAUGCAUGAGGAUGUGGCUGCGCUGUUCAUUGCUGAACUAGUCUUGUUUACACUGAGCCUCCUGCUCAACAUCGCCACUGUUUUUGAUGAGCAUCUUAACAUUCCUGUAUAUUAUAAGCAUUCCUAGAAUGCACUGUUGAAAUACUUUUGCAAUCAGUUAAAAUGAAAAGUAAAACACAACUGCUAUUUUCAUGUCCAAAUAAAACUAAUUAAGAAUAUAUAUUUUUUAAUAAAGUUAAUUCUCAUCCUCUGA